AUGGGAAAAAGGAAACAUAGUGACGAUGAAAUAAAUGAUUCAUCAAAUAAAAUUCGUGAAAAGAAAAAAUCGAAAAAAGUUACUUUAGAUGAGGAAGAUGAAUAUGAUAUUUGGCUUGUUUGCAAACCACGAUCUAUUCAAACAGAUAUUUUGAAUGAUAUAAAAUUUCCUAAAUCAAUUCGUGAAAAAAAUACUUUAAUCGAAAAGAAGGUGGAUAAUGAAGAUAGAUUACAUAUGUGUAAUUUUAACAUUCUUGAGAAUCAAUUAUCUAUCCUGGACAAUGAUGAUAGUAAUAAAGAUAAUAACAAUUUUGUUGAUUAUAAUGUGAAAUAUCAGGUUGGAGGUAUUCUUAAUAUUACUUGUAAUAAUGAUAUUUCUGAUGGUUUCCCUAUGCCUCCAGAAGAAAAUUUUAUGGAUUUAAAUGGGAAUAUGGAACGUGAAUCAUUUCCUUUUACUAUAAAGAAGGUAAACAGAAAACCACAAUUAAACUUGGAUAAUCUUAAACAAAGAUUGCAAGCUUUUGGAAGUAUUAAAAAAAAAGAAAAAAAAAGAAAUAAGAUUAUAAAAAAAGAAAUUAAUUGUUUUUAG